CUCCAUUCUGCUUUUCCUGAUUGACAUGACAGCCAGACACCAUCUAUUCUUGAACUGAAAUCUCUCUUCUACUUUGCGCUCUUGUUAGCUUUGUCGCCCAUCAUGGCGACUGUCUCCCUCACCCAACCUCCAACUUUCUCAGAAGUCGCUCGGAAACGUCGUUUGAUGAGCCGGUCGGAUGAAGAAAUCGAGGACAAUAUAGACAUACGAAUCCAGUACAGGACAGGGUGGCCAAAGCUCGCCCAUCUCCCUUUGAAGACCGUAUACGAAGGCAACCCUGAUGCAUUCUUUCCAGAUCGGCAAACCCAUAUUUCACAGAUCAUCACUAUCCUCAGAGCACAGCAAAUCCCUAUAAGCUCCAUUUCCGUCGUCUACCGCGUGCCGUAUGGUGGCGACAACAGCAACAAGUUAGACGAAACUACUGCCACUUUACUUAUCACCACGUUCCCCGACAGUGGCUAUAAUAGUUUUGUCGCAACACGAGAAAUUCGGAAAUAUCUCAAUAGUCAUGAGAUACAUGUUUUAAUUGAGAUCAUUGAUGAGAGAGCUUUAAAGCCAAGCGUCUUUCCCAUUCUUCCUUCUGAUAAGGAGCUUAUCAGCAUUUGGAACGAGAGGUUGAAACAGGCAACAAUCGAUAUUCUGAAAGCCAGUUGCUUGAAGGUAGUCUCAAUCAGUGUGUUUCGUUACGGUUUAGAUCUCGACCCUGAAAAAUGUCCGCCUACUGUUAUGAUUUCCGCAUUGGAUGCUGAAGCGGACGCGUGGUGGGCAACUAUCUUGCCUCGCAUACGCUCUAUCUGUCAACCUGCCUUUGAUGCCACAGUAAUCUACGGGGAUCAAAUCACCAUGGGUUCUAAUGAGCUAGAUAUGAAUACCAUGGAAAGGCCGUUCGCUACUUUUGAUUUUUCUAACUUGACAACCAUCAAAAUGGGAGCUAGCUGCGGACCUAUUGGAGGGACUUGGACUGGGAGUAUGGGAGGCCUAGUACGGCUUGAAAAGGACGGUGAGGAUAUGGGCGUGUUCGGCCUAUCUAACCACCAUGUGGUAAGGUCUGAUAGCUUAGAAGCUGUGACGGAAAAUAACACCCCACUUCGUCCCACACAUUCUUCUGUUAAAUCGAUGUCAUUUCUUAUCACGUCACCGAGUGACCGCGACACGGAUCUGAUACUCCAAACUACUGAGGCUGGAGUUGAUGAAUUGAAGAAAGUAUUAAAAGGCAGGCCUGGUACACUGGGUCUUGAAGCAAUGGCUGAGAUGGGUGAUUUCUCCAAAGCUAAAUCGCUUGAAGCUGUUCAAGAUCGUCUUGCCCGUGCUGAACAUCGAGCAUUGACAAUAAAAGAUGCGAACAGAGUACUUGGGAGUGUGUCUACGGGUUGGACAGAAGGGAAUGUUAGUGCGAUAGAAACGGUGUUUUUGAAAGGUGAAUCUAAGUACACACAUGAUGUCCUCGCGUGGCCUGUGGCGCCUUUACAUCGGCACAAAUAUGACUUUGCUACUCCGGGAGAUUCGGGUGCGGUGGUGGUUGUCUCUGACGAGUUUGCUGUGGAUUGUGGGUGCUGGGUGGGUUUGCUAUUCGCCGCAAAUUUGGCAGCAGGAACCGGCUUUUUUGUUCCGAUGAGCUUGGUCCUUAAGGACAUUUCUGAGAUAACUGGCUGCCAGGUUGUUCAGCCCAGUAAAUGUGCUUUUGACGAUAUAUGA